GCUAAAGCAUAUACAAAUAAAUUCUUCACGGCUGGUAUUUCAUCUACAUCACGUGUUAAAAGUAAAAAUGCUGUAAUAAAAAAUAUUAUUCAAGGCCGUCCUAGUCUUUGUGAACUUGCUGCUAUUUUGAACUUGCGGUUAAGUGAUGAAAUACGUUAUAUUAAACAUAAUGAAUGGUACUAUGCAAAUACAAGUGCACAAUUAAGGAGUGCUUCUGCUGAAUGCUUUCCUGAAAUUGACCAUAUUCUUAAGGAAUAUCUUACUGAAGAAAUGCUUUUCCGACAAAGACAUAAAAUAACACAAUCACUUUACUAUUAUACUAUAACAAAAAAUGAAGAAUUACCUAAUGAUAGUUAUGCUAAAGAAAGCUAUGACACACAACAAAUUCACCUGACCUCUUUUCUAAAGAAUCUCUCUUCAAACGAAAUUGCUAUUCAAUCUGCAGUUGAGGCAGGUAGUGAAUCCCUUUGCCAUCUUAAAAGAAGCCUCAAUAACUGGUUUGCCGAAGAAAAAAGAUUGACUCAAAUUAACAAUAAUAAGGAAAAUUUAGAUCCUGAUCAAGUUGAAAAUCCAAUUGAGAAACGACAUAGAGGGCGGUCUUCAGUUAAAUCGAUUAAGAGUAGUACUAAACAA